AUGACAGAAUGCAAAGAUAAAGAUUUAGAUGAAAUUUAUAAAGAACAUUGCAAUGAAAACUUUAAUAGCACAGAUAAGAUAGUCACUUUUAUUUUGAGGUUAAUAAUAUUGAUGAUUUCUAUUUAUUCAAGUUUUUAAGUACUCUUGAUUAUCAAAAAGAGUAAUAAAAAGUAAUUUUGGCCAUUUUAGUUAAUCUCUUUUUAAGUUAUUUCUGAAUCUAUUGAUCUUGUUUUUGCUUUACUAUUUACAAUUAAUAGCUCAUGUUGGCCAAAUGCUUGUAAAUUUGUUGGAUAUAUUAUGCAUUCUAAUUGGUUAGCAUCUUUGUUAUAUAUGCUAUUUUAAUGCUUCAUUUACUUUUUAUUGAUUAAAGUAAAAUAUGAAUUUAUUGAUAGUCAGAAAUUCUAUUCAACUUUGUAAUGAAAUAUCUUUAUUUCUUUUUGUUUACAUUUUAUUUUAUCCCUUAUGGAUUUUUAUAUAAAGUAUUCUCUGAUGAUGGAUUUGGUCCUUCUGGAUGGUAUUUAAAAAAUGGAGAAUUUAAUUUUAUAUUUUGUGGAUGUACAAAUUACAAUUUAAAUUUAGUUAUAAAUCAUUAAAUAAUUGGAUUUUGGAUUGUCCCUGUUGGAAUAAUCUUUAGUUUAUCAAUAAUUCUUUCAAUUUAUGUAAACUAUUUAAUUAAAAUAGAAUUCAUGUUAUUGGUAUCAUUUACAAUAUAAAACAGAAUUAAGAUAUCCUUCUUUAAGAAUUUAAUCAAUGAUUGUAUUUCCCUUACUUUACCUCUUUGCAUGGAUAAUCAAUUUUUUAAUUAGGUAUAAAAUAAUUGAUGAAUAGAUUAAAAGACACAGCUGCUAAUAAUUAAAAUUAUUGUCCUUAAUAAAAUAAGAAUCUAGUUUUCUACAUAUUUUAUUAAUUUUUAAACCUAGGAUUUGAGUUACAUUUGACUCUAGGUGCAAUUCUAUUUUUUUAUAUAUAUAGGUAUAUUAUGAUAUAUUUUAUAAAAGAGGACUAUUUAGAAUAGAUUCCUUAUGUGAUUAAAUUUGUUUAAGAAAGAGAAGGUAUAAAAAAUAAAAUAAGAAAAAACUUUAUUAAGAUUAAUCAGUUUUAGCCAUUUAAUUAGAAUGA